UGUUUGUAAACGGUGUUGACUGUUUAAGCACCCGUGGCUUAUAAAACAUAAAGACAACAUUUAUUGUGAAAUGGAAGGGUUAUUGUUGACAGUAUACAUAUACCAGACACCGGUGAGUGCUGUGAGUGAACUGUAAAUUUCUGGCUAUCCAAUUUAUGUGACAAUUCUGCAUACAGUAAUGCUACCGAAGUUCGUUGGGAACGCAGCGCUAUCUCGAAUGCAUCGUCUGUCGUAUCAGAAGCCUAUAUCUUACCUGACAUAACUUCCCUAAAGGUUGACCGUUUCUAUGUAAAAAGAUGUUCCGAAAUGCCUAAUUUGCUUGUGGAAGGACAGAGUAUGCAGUCCAUCGUUGCCGUUGAAAGCCUUUGCAUAAGGAACGAAGACAACAACUCGGGUAGGAUGGUAAUUGCUUCAGUGGAAUCAUUGGCGGCAGAUGUGCCACGAGCGGACGGCAUCAAGGUGAAAUCCGCAGGUCAGAAUGGCAACAAGACUGGUCACGAUAGUCAGACAGGGAGAAGGCGUAAUACCCCUGCUCAGAGUCAUGCGUUUUCUGGCCCUGCAGCCAAAGGAAAUAGGGUGUGGCUAGCAGAAGUGAUUGAGCUUUCGGAUAGCGAUGAUGAAGUGUGUGUAACCAAAGUUGAAGCUCCCAAAGUAGCAAAACCAAGUCAUCCUAUCCCAAAAUUAUCCAACACAGACUCAAACUUAAGUUUGCAAUCGCCAGUGAUUCGCACGAAUUCAUGCCGUCCAGUGCCAACUGCGGUAAGGGGAGCAUCACGCCCUGUAGCUAGCACACCUGCCACUACAGCUGCUCUGAACGAUUCGAUUCAGAUACAACCCAAGGUGCGCCCACCAAUACCUCCUAACACAAGUUGCGGAGUUCGUCCUGGACUCAUGCCUCGAUCGGGAGCAGGUAUGGAAAUCGUUUAUCGAAAUUUCUUUUCGCCGUCAGAAAUUCGGGCUUCGCACUCUCGGGCGUCCGUGGCAAGCGCAUCGUAUUCUGGGCGCCGCGGUCGGCCUCCGUUAGCGCGUGCAGCAUCUCUCCUACACAGUAUCAUCACUCAGUCUACACAAACAAUGACCAAAAACGCGAACGUGCAAAAUGGUAGAGCUUUACAUGUUCUUAAUGGUGGCCACGUUCAAACCGAGCGCCCGGGAUCUAAUCCAAGAACUAUUUCUGCACCUGUUGUCCUCGCAGAUGGUAAAGUGAGACAGACUCGACCGUGUAUCAUACAAUCCCCUGCCCAGGUUGAGCGUACUGCACCUCGACCACGAGUUGCACUGCCUGACUCCUCAGUGCCAAGGUAUCCAACAACACCAACUAGUCUUCGAAGCGGAAGGUAUACGCCGUAUAUGGAUAGCCCUGCAAACGUGAUACACGUAUCCAACAGCACAUCACGUCCAAUAGAAAAUCCGGCAUGCGUAUCUGCUACAAUACAGCAGAAGCCAUAUGCUGUACUGUCUUCAACAAUGGAUGCUUCGACACGUGGAAAACCACCCCGCAUCACUGUACAAAGUCCGCGAAAGGCUUCAGGCAUCUCGAAUCGAUCCGGCACUCUAAUAACGCAUCGUCGAGUCACUAAAAAAGAAGUUAAAAACUUACAUUUGGAUCAAAUUGACGCACUCGUCAUGAGGUACGGGAGUGUCGUACUGAAAGAAAUAACAUUAGAUGAGAUCGUCGCCAAAGGUAUGGGUGAGUGGAAAAUACCCAAGAAUAUUAAGAUAACUCCACGUCGGUUUCCGCCGCGACAGUUCAAAGCUCCAGUCGCUUUAGCUGAUCAAAUUGUGGAAAUAUCCUCGGAUGAUGACGACGACGACGACGACAAUGAUGCAAAAUGGUCGCCAGUCAGAAUUAAACGUGAAAAGGCGGACUCAGACGGGUCAAUGUGUCCUGGAUCAAUAAAGCCCCAAGUUAGUGAGACAGCAGCGCCAAAAGAGCGAUUGAUGGCUGGGCUUGGUUUAGUAUCAAAACCUGAAGCGAACCGACUGCGAACAGUUAGACCCUUGAAGAAGGAUAUUGUAGCUGUUCUCAAGGAUCGGCGAACGAUUAAGAGGUAUAUUACAUGUCCGUUAGUCUCUAUUGUGAAGGCGGACUGUAUUUAUAAAUACGUUUUAGCCAAACGUAUAAUGAGACCCCAGGCUUUCCGUUGCACGCGUCAGGAGCCUAACAGAACCACAAAGCAGAAGAAGCGGCGUAGCAAAUCGACAUUUUUAACUAAGCUCAGAAAGAAAGCAAAACCAGAUGUAAGGGUGGAAUCCGCGGUGAAAAAUGAGUUAAUAUCGGCGAAUUCGGUUGUUAGCGAUGGGGGCAGUGAUACCGAGAUAGACGCAGAUUUCAAUCAGACGUCACCUUUACCACAGCUGAGAUCAUCCGAAUCACUAUCUAAGGCAGAUAUACAUGCGAUGUCUAAUAUCAACAACAGGGCAGAACUCCAAAAGGUCAUAGCUAAUUCCGAGGCGGCGUGUAUAUGGACGUCCUUCAGCACAGCACAGGCACAGAACAACACCUGGUGUCCUAUCGUGAUCCUUCGAAAAAUCAAUAUUGACCAUAUGAACACCAUUGAAAAGUGUAACGCGCUGGUGCGUCCCACAAAUUCACAGGAAAAGAGAAGCUUUCAAGGUGCGCGCCCCAUGGAAAGGCGGUGUUGUCAUUGCCGGUUCAGUUGUCUAAAUAUGACGAGCCUCCGAGAACAUUUCUGGGACUCCCAUGGCAUCAAGCUGUCCGACUGAGCUGGAUCACAUCCGUAGAGAAGAAUAAACCACUGAUACUGCGCGGUUCGACGACGAAAACACUGUUUAGCCCGCUGUUUCCUUCAAAGAAGAGUAACUUGCUCAAUACUUUAGAGCCACAUAUCUCUUUGUUUGCCAUGCUACAAUGCCGUGGCACAAAAAACUAUUCAUGAAGGCUAACCGAGGUUCGAAGCAAUGUUUCGAAGCCUCAAACUUGCACAGUAUGAGAUUAAUUAUUCUGAAACAUGAAAUGUUGAAUUUGUAUAUAAGAUAGUUACAAAAGUGACAAUGCCAUAUUCGCUUCGACACAAGUUACAAUGUGAUAGAGUCAUGAUAUGUAUAUAUGAAUGUACAAAAUAAAUUGUCUAUAGAUGAUAAAUGUUAGAUAUGUACUCGAAACUAAAUACUUUUAAUAAUCUAUUCCAUUAGUAUUUGGUUUUCACUUGUACUUCUGCUGACUUAACUAGCACCUCCCGUUGAGGGCAGCAAGACACUGUCAUGCUCAGCAAUCAUUUGGUUAUAAGGUAAUGGGAUGUACGUCGGGGAAUUGUUGCAUGAAGAACGCAGACUAUCAGGACAUAUGUUGAACGUAUAAACCGUCUAUAACCAGACGUUGCCGUGAUGGCAUAGUGGGUAACAUAUGAACCUGCUAACCUUAGGGACAGUAGGAUGGUCCAGCUUCGAACCCGGUACACCUAGUUUCGUGCUGGGAGCCAUGUAAUGCCUAACGGCGAUACUAGACGUAACACUUGAGACAUAGAGAUAUCUAGAAGAUUAUUUAUUUUACUUAUUUUGACAGAAGAACAUAUAUUUUAGAUAGUACUGCAAAACGAAAAGAACGCCUAAGCAUCACAAGGGUUUAUUGUAAGCAGUCUGAAAAAACCGUACCUCUGUUUUCCGUUGUAGAUUUGCUUCGGCUUAUGUUUUCUGACGGAGUUGACUAUAUAUGUACGUAACGAAAUUGCUGCAUAAAGUUUCGGGCAGCGUAAGCUCAAGUUCUUGUUCUUGCGAUUCUGCAUGUACAUGAAUGAGAAUGUUACAUAGGAAAGGUGGCCGUCCGGCUUCGCGGUUGUCG